GAAUAAGGAGUGUGUGUGUGUGUGCUAAAUGCUUAGUUAUUUAGGGGAACAAGCCUAAUGAUAAUAGUACAAUAACAGGAUACUAAUAUCUUUGAAAUGUUCAUUUUAAUAUUGCUACAAUGCGGGAGUUUGAAGGAUUCUAAAACUGUUAGGCGUCUUGAACCAGGGUUUGCAGGCGACACUUCGGAACAUGGCAUCCAACAUGACCUUUGCAGACUGGAGAGCGGCUACCAGCGAGAGUCUCAUGACAACUGCCGAGAAUCUCUUGGAUAAUCUGGAAGACAUCGCUGACCUACUUACGGAGAUUAACGACAAAUAUAUCAAGCAUGUUGGCGAUGUGGUGGAUGACGAGAGAGAUCAGAUCAUACAAAAGUUUCACGAAGGCGUCGACUCGGCCAGAAACAUCGUGGGUGUCUUAAAGAGAGAAAAAUGGCGGCUAAGUAAGCGGGAGAUGAGUGUUGAAAUGAGGAUGGGGGAACUAGAAGACUAUAAGCUCCACCUCAAGAAUGAUAUGUCUUCGCUAAAUGAAACUGUUGAUGCAUUAAGUAUGCGAAUAGUUCAACUAGAGAACCAACUGGUCGAAGCCCAAGAACUUACGGAGACGCUGGAAUGGGAAAAGGCAGACUUCAAGAGACUUUACGAAGAAACAACCAACAAAUUGUCGGACUAUAUGACCAAAUUUCCAGCCAGUAGUAAAAUAGAAACUAACUCGCCGGGAUACUUGGCAAGUGAAAACAAAACACUCAGACAACAGUUGUCUGACCUAACAGAAGAGAACAAACACCUGAAGGAGCUUGUGCGAAUGAAAGACAGUUAUUCAAGUGAGCCAAUCCAUGACGACCACGUUGCCAGACUCACAAGAGACUUUCUCAGAGAGCUCUCCAAUUUAGAUGAUAACGUCUCUCCAGAGAACGGAACUGAAGGUUAAAAGCAUUUGGCCAUAAAUACUGUUGUCCAUCAUAUUUAUUUAUUGACCUGUUUUGUUUUAUAAUGACACUGUUGGAAAUAAAUUCUAUAAUGAC